AUGAGUGUGCAGGCGGCAGCGGAAACAUCCCUAGGGCACUCCAAUAUCGAACUUGAAGCGCUUCCUGGAAAUGCGCAUGUAGACGAUGACGAAAUGGAGCCGGCCGAAGCAAGCAUCCCUAACGAACCUCCUCCAGCGAACGUUUCUGGUGCGCCGCCGGUAGCCGAGACCUCAGGACACUCGAACGUGGAACAUCAACCACUCCCUCAAAACGCAAACGACGUGGAAGCGGCCGAAGAGGCUGUCGAUGAAUCUCCACGAGCAAAAAGGUCUUGGUGGAGCAGGCUAAAGUUCUGGUUCAAACGCCGUUUUAGGUGGUGGAGCAGGACACAGUCUUGGUUUAAACGCCGUUUUCCAGGCUGGCGUGGUGGUGUCCAAUUGUGGACCUAUGGCACCGCGUUCGUGCUCUUCCUCAACGUUCUCUUCGCAAUCAUCGCAGGAGCCGCUCCUCACCCGGAAUCUGGCUUCACGACCAUCUAUCGUGGCGACUGUGGAGUCUAUGAGCGCAUCUUCGAAGGACUGCAAUUUCUCAUCAACGUUUUCAGUACUGUUUUACUAGCCGCGUCCAAUUAUUGCAUGCAACGAUUGGUGGCACCGACAAGAAGCGAGAUCGAUGCUGCUCAUGCAAAGAGGAGAUGGCUCGAUAUCGGGAAGCCAAGUGUGAGGAAUCUCCCCUCGAUCAAUCCGAUGCGCAUAGUGCUAUGGGUUAUGCUGGCCCUGAGCAGCCUGCCGCUGCAUCUUUUCUAUAACUCCGUCCUCAUCAAGGAUCAAGCGACUUAUGAUGAAAUUGCCUACCUCGUUGUAGAUCCUUCAAUCUUCACUAGCACCGACACGGCCUGGACACAAAAAGCUGAGGACUUCCCGGAACUCAGGAAUAUGAUUUCCGACGGCCAAUACCAAGAUCAGUCAGUGUGGAAGAAUCUCACGGCCGACCAAUGUAGGGAUAUUUACGAAGCGCCCUAUAUGAUGAGAGGCUACGCCUUUGGUGUACCAGCUGAGUCGUGGCGGAAAGAACAUAAGCACUACAUCAAUCGAGCUACGCCUGUAUACUCAUGGACCCGUCCUACUGACGGAGGCUCAAUCCCGGUGGAUAGUGAUAUUGACCCCUCCCCAACAGCCUUCCCUCUAGAGUACUGCAUAAGCCAAGAAGUACCUGGACGCUGCGGCAUACAGUUCAGCCUAACAAUCAUCGGGAUUGUCAUUGCAUGUGGCAUUGUGAAAAUAGGAACAAUGUUUGUGAUACUGUGGAAGUUUACCAAGGAGGACACUAUUGCCACCAUCGGCGACGGUAUCCAAUCGUUCAUCGAGACUCCGGAUGCCACCACCACGAACCUUUGCCUGGAAACGCGACACGACAUAGUCAAGGCAUGGAAGACACCACUGGACAGUCGCCGUGGCCGGACCUUUCACAUGCCUUCAACGGAGGCUUGGUUCCGGGCCGCAAGCGUAAAACGUUGGAGUGUUCCUAUAAUGCUCCAACACCCCCAACUCAUAGCCUCCCUCUUCUACUUCACCUACAACGGCCUCUUCACCACAAUGCUCGCCAACCGCGAAUACGCCCAGUACAGCACCAAGCGCGCUGCCCUCCGCGUCAGCGCGGCUAAACCAGGCCAGCGCUCAACUUACUUCCUGUCACUUCCCUACGUCUACAGCCUUCCGCUGAUGGCGCUAAGCGCGCUGUUCCACUGGUUUAUCUCGCAGACUAUCUUCGUGAGUAGGGUGGUUAGCUACAAUGCUUUGGAUCCGGAUAAGCCGUCGCGUACGCAGGAUAGCGAGCUGGGUUAUAGCCUUUAUGCGUUGAUCGGCACGCUUGUGUGUGGGCUUGUGCUGGUUGUUGCGGCGCUGGUUGUUGGGGCGGUGGGGAGGUAUCCGGCUGAGGGGAUGCCGAUUGGGGGACGAAUAGCGCUGUUAUCAGUGCAGCGUGUCAUGUGGAUACGAGCAGUGAAAGUAAUAAGACUGGGGAGGAGGGUGGUGUUGUGUGUCAGCCGUUGA